AUGUCACAAAAAAUUAAAAAGACAAGAUCACCUUUGUCAAUAUUCUGUUUGUUAUUUCUUCUUUUUUUUACUAUUUUGAUUAUCAUUGUCGGACAAAAAAUAAGUGUACCAACAACAAAUAUCAAUCAACUGGUUCUGGGCUUACGGGCUACUUGGAAUAGUUCAUUUGGCCAACAGGAACGUGUAGAUUUUCUAAAUAACGCUACAAAUUUAAAUUCGACAAUGUCAACUACUACAUCUGCACAGUUCGAAAUCAAUAAACAUACAAUGAUUUUUACACAUUCGCGAUUGUUUAGUCGCAAUAAAACAUUGGAAACAACGAUUGUAUGCGUAGGUUCACCGUACAAUCAAUCGUGUUUGUUUCAUAAUUUAUAUUAUGUUGAUAGCGCAUUUGUGAUUUUAACAGUAAAUGGAAGUUAUUUACCGCCAUUUUCAGUGCGAACAGAUGCUUUCAAUCUGUGGCCUACAACACCGAGGACACGUACUUUUAAUUCAUAUGCUGAUCUUGAAAUUUUCGUUCGUACUGUGAUCGAUCCAAAAGUAAUACCAGCGGUCACACUUCAUUUCGGUCAACUAUGGCAUUUCAAUAUUGGUCAUGCACUUUUUGAUGGACUCUAUCCGGCCUAUGUUGCCCUUAUACGUUUUCCUCCGCGACAUCUCCAUCCGUUUCGUAUUCUUGCCGGAGUAGGCAACUGUAACGAUUGUUGGAGUGAAGAUGUUUAUGGUCGUUUCGCUGGUCUUGGAAUUCUUAAGCAUAUUGUUUUAAAUCAAAUGUCAAAAGGAAAUUGGUUUGUGUUCGAAGAAUUUGUUAUGGGCAGUGGAACAAUGUGUCAACGUUGUACACAACCUAAUUUUCAAUUGCCUGGAGGUGUUGAAUUAGAUGCUUCGAGACUUUUUCGUGAUAGAAUGUAUCAACAACAUGGUCUUAUUCAUCCUACUGUUAGACAAAAAUCGUCAUCCGAAGGACGAUCACGUCGUGACGUUCUUCUAGCAUAUGUUGUUGAUAAUAAACGUUAUACCGCUGAAGAUCGAAAAGAAAUCGAUGCGGCCAUAAGUGAAAUAAAUAAUUAUACGAAUUCAUAUAUAAAUAAAACGACAGAAAAACUGCCUUGGCCAUUAGUUCGCGUUUCCUAUCUUUAUUACAAUAAAGUAAGAGUACAAGAAAAUAGUUCAAUACAAAUUAAUGCAACUAAAACUGAUUCUCGAUCGCCAACCUAUGAAUUGAUUGACAAUGAUUUCAUAGCUCAAUUAAAAAUUUUACGUCAAAUGGACAUUCAUAUUACUGGGCCAGGUACUGGACAAAUGUAUCAAACAUUUCUUUCAGACGGAGCUGUAUCGAUUAAUCUUGGAGGCAUAAGACCGUGGGGGGCAGAAAAAACAACACGAGCAUUUGCUUCAUAUCUUGAGCAAUAUAUGACAAGCGGAGCGCCUUAUAUCAAAGGUCUUUACUAUCCAAUUAAUGAACGACCUCGUGGUAUUGAAAAGCGUAUAGUUGUUGAAUUAAUUAGAAACGCAUCCCGACUUAUUCUGGAAGGUUUUUCAUUACCAGUUAAACCUCUAGAAAAUCUAGCGCCCGAUGGUCAAUUAUUUGUAGAAAUGUGUGAAAAAGAUAAAGAGUUCUGUGCAUUAGUUACAGAAAGAUUACCGAAUCGGAUGUUUACUUGUUUAGAAAUUUGGGCGGAAGAUUUUGUUCACGAAGAACGUCAAUGGAAAUUAGGAGGUUUUAUGGAUAAUAAUAAAACUAUUAGUUGUGCGUUUAAUCAUACACUAUUGGACCAAUUAAGAACGAAAUAUGGCAUUUCACAUUUCAAAAUGCCUACCUGA